AUGGCCGAACUAUACCAGAGAAACAACCUCUUCUCAGUCGAUGGCCUGGUAGCCGUCAUCACCGGCGGAGGCUCCGGAAUUGGUCUGAUGAUGACAAAAGCCUUCGCCUCCAACGGAGCAAAAAAAGUCUACAUCGUCGGCCGCCGCAAAGAAAAACUCGAUGAAGCAGCCUCCUUUAAUCCAUCCGUCAUCAUCCCCGUCGUGGGCGAUGUAACCUCAAAAGACGCCUUGAAAGCCGUUGCCUCACGCGUAGAAUCCGAGACUGGCUAUAUCAAUCUCUUGGUGUGUAACAGCGGCACCAUGGGUCCCGUAACGGGCGUCAAUAACCGCAAAGUCAGCAUUAAGGAAUAUGCAGCAGCAGCUAUGAACCAAUCCUGGGAUGAAGUAACAUCAACGCUUAAUCUUAAUGUCGCAUCUGUCAUGUUCACCGCAUACGCAUUCCUAGAGUUGUUGGAGAAGGGCAACAAACAUCCUGCGUUUAGCAAGACAAAGAGCCAGAUCCUGGUGACAGCAAGUAUUGCUGGGUUUGAAAAGGAGCCUAACCAGUCAAUGGCGUACAAAGCCAGUAAAGCGGCGACCAUCCAUGUGGCAAAGAACUUGUCGAGUGAAUUGUGGCCGUUUGAUAUCAGAUGCAAUGCCCUUGCACCCGGCUUGUUCCCGUCAGAGUUGGCUUCGAGUCUGCUAUCUGAUUCGAAAGCAGAUCCCAGAGAAGAGGGCUCAUUCGACAAAUCAUAUAUCCCAGCCGAGAGAACGGGUACUGAAGAAGACAUGGCUGGUACCAUUCUCUACAUUGCUUCCAGAGCGGGUGCCUAUUUGAAUGGUAACAUUCUAGUGAUUGAUGGAGGACGUUUGAAUGUGAUGCAUAGCACGUACUAG